AUGAUACACUACCCGAAGGGUACCUCCAGCUUUGGCAAGCGCCACAACAAGACUCACACCCUCUGCAGGCGUUGUGGCAAACGCUCCUUCCACAUCCAGAAGUCGACUUGUGCCAACUGCGGUUACCCCUCCGCUAAGACUCGCAAGUUCAACUGGAGCGAGAAGGCCAAGCGCAGAAAGACCACCGGUACCGGCAGAAUGCGCCACCUCAAGGAGGUCCACCGCCGCUUCCACAACGGCUUCCAGACCGGUGUCCCCAAGGGUGCCCGUGGCGUCACCUCGAGCAGCAACUAAGUUAAUUGUUCGACGUCGCGAUUUCAUUCUCGGAGGCUGGAGAGGGCUGGUAUGACAAAGGCCGAGCAUAUGAAGUGAACCGGUUUCAGUGCAAGGCGAAAAAAAGGCGCUUCCCCCGUGGAGUUGGUGGUGGGACGGUCUUUUCACUUUUUUUUGCCGUCAUAGCAUUUCUAUUCUAGAGAAAGAGAGAAAAAUGGCACAUAUUGACGACAAAUGAAAAGAACGGACUCUCUUUCCGUGGGGGGUCCUGUGUUGUUCACGAAGAAAAAAAAAAGCAG